AGAGAGAGAGAGAGAGAGACGAAGAAGAAGAAGAGGAGGAGGAAAAAGAUCUUCAAUUAGAGAGAGAGAUGGAGUGGAGGAAGAGCUAUCUGGACUUGGUGUUGGUACCAUUAGGUUUUUUCCUUACGGUUGCAUAUCAUUGUUGGUUAUGGCAUAAGGUCCGGACGGAACCUCUCACAACGAUCAUCGGAACUAAUUCAGCUGGUCGACGUAAAUGGGUCUCUUCCAUGAUGAAGGACAAUGAUAAGAAGAACAUAUUGGCUGUACAAACUCUACGAAAUGUGAUAAUGGGAUCAACCCUGAUGGCAACCACAUCAGUUCUCUUGUGCUCUGGUCUAGCUGCUGUCAUAAGUAGUACUUACAGUAUAAAGAAACCACUCAACGAUAGCGUAUAUGGUGCACAUGGGGAGUUCAUGGUGGCUCUAAAAUAUGUCUCUCUCUUAGUGAUAUUCUUGUUUGCAUUUUUAUGCCAUUCUCUAUCCAUUAGGUUUCUUAAUCAGGUGAACUUCCUCAUUAACACUCCAGUAGAGGAUACUACAGGGAUAGUUAACCCAGAUUAUGUUUUUGAGCUAUUAGAGAAAGGUUUCACUCUAAACACAGUGGGGAACAGACUCUUCUAUUCAGCACUACCUCUCUUACUUUGGAUCUUGGGCCCAGUACUUGUGUUCUUGUGCUCAGUGAGUAUGAUUCCAAUAUUAUAUAAUCUAGAUUUUGUUAAUGGAAAUGAAAGAGAUUGGGUCAAGGAAAAGAUGGAGAACAUGGGUGAUGAUAGGGACUUUUUAUCAGUAUAAGGAAACCAUUUCAAGAGAUGGGUGUCA